ACCUUCAUACAAAUUUACGUGUCUACAUUUUUAUAUAUGUAGGUCUAGUCACACAACAGGGGGAGCCAACCUCGUAAUCUGCAGAUUUUCGUUUUGUUUUUUGUUUUUGUUGUUUUUGUUAUUUCCAAAUGCUCAUUGCACACAUUGAAGUGGGCUGAUUUCAGCCUUCUUAUUUUUUGUUUCCUGCUUGUCUCGUAUUAAUCAUUCAAUCACACAUUCCAACAAAUCAAAUCAACUGGGUUUAAAUCAAGCAUCCAGACUUCGUUUUACUGGAACACCAUUAAAUAAAACAAUUGAAUUUGGAACAAGGAAACAUGUCAUCCUAACUAACUGGAUUUAAUUACAACUUGCAUACAUUCCACUGAAAAUUGACAACCCUGGCUUUUUGGGUCCUAGACCGGCCAUAACUCAUCGUUUCUACAAUCAAAAAAAAAAAACUUUACUUAAGACCGCUCAGAGCCAUCCAAUGCUGGUUGAAUUGAAAAAUGGAGAAACCUAUAAUGGACACUUGGUGAGCUGUGAUUCAUGGAUGAACAUAAAUCUUCGCGAUGUUAUGUGUACAUCAAAGGAUGGAGACAGGUUUUGGCGUAUGCCUGAAUGCUAUGUGCGAGGAAGUACGAUCAAAUAUUUACGAAUUCCCGAUGAAGUUAUUGACAUGGUAAAGGAUGAUGCACAUAUUAAAGCGCGAAAUCGCAUGGAAAUCAAUAAAGGGCGUAUAGGUUCUGGAGCACAAAAUCAAAACCUUAGAAGCCAAAUUCGACCAAGGUAUAAGAAUGCCCAACCUAAUGGUGUAAAACCUGUUCAACGCGCCCCGAAUUCGCAUCUAUCGCAUCCCUCCACCACUAACAAGAACAGAAAAUGACUUCUUUAAGUGUCCACAUGCUUGAUGGAUUUAUUCUGAAAAAAAUUUUAUUUGCAUCAAAAAUAAAGUUUCUAACGUUGCGGUAGUUUUUGUUAAUUCGCUUUAGUAUUACCAGACCACCACUAACAAGAACAGAAAAUGACUUCUUUAAGUGUCCAUAUGCUUGAUGGACUUAUUCUGAGUAAAAAAUUUAAUUGCAUCAAAAAUAAAGUUUCUAUCUAACGUU